AUGAAUGAAAUCGAAAACUCAUAUCCACUCCCAAAAAAUAUGCUACCACAACAUAUCGAAGAAAAAAUAUUGAAGAAAAAAUAUCGAAAAGCGAAGGACGAUGAUGAAAGAGGUGGUUAG